CUUUCAAAUUCAUGGCAAUCUAGGAAGGCCAGCUAGGGACAUGAGGAAUAAUUUGAGUUUCAACAUAAUAAAGUAGCGUGCCAGUAACUUUUCUUCCCAAGAAAACCCUGACCUGGAUGCUUCAUCUACAGAGCCCAAAAAGACUACAUAAAGAAAUGUGGCUGUCCAGCUAUCCAUCAACAAAUCGGUCUACAACCAUCACUCUGGGGGAGAGACAUGUCAGCAGUCCAGUGGCUUUCUCAUAUGGCCAGUCAUCGCAGCCACAGCCACCCCGCUCUUAUUACUUUGAUGAUGCGGCUAAAGAGCCAUCCAAUAGAGGAAUGCACCACGAGGUCAACGUGGGCGAGCAAUCGUUUCAGUGCCACUUGUGCCCUCAGAGCUUCUCAUUGAAUUGCAGGCUUAAGAAACACCUGCGCACCCAUACAGGCGAGCGGCCACAUCAGUGCCCUUCGUGUGAUGAGCGCUUCCCAACUGUGUCCCAUAUGACAAUACAUCAACGUGUCCACACAGGCGAGCACCUGUCCAGGUGUCAUUUGUGCCCUCAAAGCUUCCUGCGGAGUUACGAUCUCAAGAGACACAUGCGUACCCAUACUGGCGAACGGCCAUAUCAGUGCCCUUCGUGUGAGAAGAGCUUCGCAAGGAAGGCCAAUCUUACGGAACAUCAGCGAAUCCACACAGGCGAGCGACCAUUUAAAUGUCAUUUGUGCUCUCAAGCUUUCUCGCACCGUAUCCUUCUGAAAGGUCACUUGAGUGUUCAUGCUGGUGAACGUCCAUUUCAGUGCUCCUUCUGUCCACGAAACUUCUUGUACAAAUCCCACCUAUCAGAGCACGAACGCCUCCACACAGGGGAGCGACCACACAGCUGUACUCUCUGCUCCAAGACUUUUGUGCGGAGCAGUCACUUGAAAGCUCACAUGAAAUCUCACCAUUGAUAAUGCUACUAGCAACGUAUUGGUGAAUUUCUAUUGUGCCCAUAUUUAACAUCUUCGCGAGUUUGCAGUAUGUUUCGAGUUCUGCCACAUUUAUAGCUGCCACUUUUUGCUGUAAUAUUUUAAGCUAACACCUAACAUCAGGUUGUUCUUCAGCAGUGCUAACUACUUGCUUUUUCUUUUCUUGUAAGUAGAAUUUUCGCCUUACAGUGGUGUCAUUCUUGUCGCAUUUCUUCAUAUAGUAUUCCUAUCUUAUAAAAGGUACUGCAUGUGCGUUCUGAGAUAUUAUUGUUCAAUUCUUAAUGUUUGUUUUUUUUGUUGGGCUGAGAUAUUAAUGUUCAAUUCUUAAUUUUUUUUUGUUGGGCUGUAAUAUCUAUACACACUUGUACCUCUCUAAAAAUUGCUGUGGCUUCAUUUGCUUGUACAAAUGCAAAACUAGUUCAUGUUGUAUUUCUUUGUUAUUAAUGCAGCUAGUCAUAGGCAAGUCCUUUUUGCUAAGAUACAGCUAGAAAGUUGAUUCCUUGUGACGUUUGAGCUACCAAUAUAGAAUACUCUUGUGAACACUUCACCGAGCUGUAUGGCAGUGUUAUCGCCAUGCACAUUUACACGUCCACAUGACAUAUGGUCAAGCUAUGGCAGUAGCAUCAUGGUGUUGCAAAGCAGGAGCACUUGUCUACUAUGAUGUAGGUGCAUGGAAAAAAAAAAUCCCUAUUCGGUGAAAACUCAGCCAUACUUUGCAGCCAUAGUGCACUCCUUAUUGAUGUCAUAGUUCUCGCACAUAAAGCCCAGAAUUCAGUGUAAUAUUUUUAAGUACUGCUUUGAAUAUGAUUAAGCUUCUCCUUGCCUAGGUCAACCCCACUGCUUGUUGUAUUUGUUUCUUGUUAUUGGGCUUUGUAGGCAGGUUUUCCACCAAGCUCCAACCAAAAUUUUCAUCCAUUGUAAUAUCUGAGCUGAGACGUUUUCCUGAUUAAAUGGUUAUGUAUGAAAAUGGGGUUAAUUGACUCAUACCAUAAGAUUUUUCACUGGCGUCUUCUUUUGCCUUUAGAUGUUCUUUGCACAAAAACUUGGAAGCAAAAUCAGUGUGGCUGCAUAUAAAUAAACUUGUUAUUUUUGAACAUUUUUUUCUCAUCUCAUUGACAUGCCUAUGUAUCUAUUACUACUGCCAUUGUUGAAACAGAAGAUUAUAAUCUGUAUUAUGCCAUAAAUCGACUUCUAGAGAGUCUGAGUUAAUUUGAUAACAUGAAUGUGAUAUCUGUUCUGAUGUAUUGUCUCUGCAUGAUUUUUUGUUGAUAAGAACAUAUAAAUGACAUUUUUUUCUGUACAUUACUGUAUAGUAACACUGAUCCUUGUUUUUAUCAGAAUACUUGCACAGGUUUAGCAUAGUCGAGUCUCAUUUCAGCUGCUUGCUGUCUACAUCAAUCUCUAGCUUAAGCUUUUUAUAGCACGUGCAUAUUGUGCAUGUUGCUCUAGGUGUAAAUACUUUUGCGAAUCAGUUUUUGUUUACUUUGAAUGUACCUGAAUUUUAAUGGAUUCGACUUAACAACUCUAAGGUAGAUUAACUUUUUUUUUACUUUUCUUUGUCUAAAGCACUGCGUAAGAAUAUACAGGUGCUGACACUCUCCUCGCAAGGCGUUGAAAGGCACAAUCCUAGUGCGUCCAGAUAAUGUUCAGGCCGUUAUCAGUUAUCUUGUAGAUGGCGCUACGACGAGCGAGGUAGCUGUCUAGGUCUCAGCAACCUGCUUGGCUGAAACAUGCAUGCUGCUGAUUCUGGGUCUUUUUGUUGGCAUGUGUGACCGCGUUGUUUUGAAGACAGGUUUUUUUCUUUGUGUAUGUUGAAGCCUAUUCUGUCAACGAAGGUGACAUCAAAUUGCUGAAAGGUUCUAGAAAUGGCUAAUAUGUGUUUUGUACCAAAUUGCCAUUCUAGUUUCAGACUUGUGCAAAGCAUGGCCCUCUCUUCAAAGUGUUUUCUGACAGUGAUCGUCUAAUGGUGAUGGUUGACAUAAAUAUAUAUGCGAAGUCUUUAUAUAGUCAAGAGUCUGAUGGAAUCCCGUCUGGUCAGGACAAACAUAGUUAAAAAUAACAAAAA